AAGUCUUUUCUGAACUAAUUGCAUUUCCAAAUGGAACUGCUUACCAAACACUCCCAACUUUUUCGAUACAAACUAUAAACCCCACUCCUCUAUAUAAUAUUCGUCACACUCUUCGUGCUCUUCGCCCCUCUUUCUCUUUGUUCAAAUCCACAUUCGCUAUCAGAUCUCAUUUGAUCUUCCAUUUACCAUCAUCAAUGGCUUCCGUCGCAGGAUCUUCGACUUUUAUGGCAUCUCUUUCAUGCCACAAGCCCAAUCAGGCGCUUACCAGGGCUUCUAAUUUCAAUUCAGUAUCACUUGCUACCAAUGGGAAAUCCUUCACCUCCCUUAAAUUGCAUUCUGCCUCUUCACGCUUCAGGAUUUCCUGUGCGGCUAAACCAGAGACAGUGGACAAAGUUUGCUCCAUUGUUAGGAAGCAACUUGCACUACCAGAAGACUCUGCUGUCACUGGAGAAUCCAAGUUUUCUUCACUUGGAGCUGAUUCUCUUGAUACGGUUGAGAUUGUGAUGGGACUUGAAGAAGAAUUUGGAAUCAGUGUGGAAGAAGAAAGUGCUCAGACCAUUGCAACUGUUCAGGAUGCUGCUGAUUUGAUUGAGAAGCUCAUUGAGAAGAAGUAAGAAAAAUUGGAGUUGAAAUUCAGCAGAAUAGGGUGGAAUCAUUUUUGUUUUAUUUCUGUUGAUUGUGGUGUUUUGAUUGUAAAAUAAAAUAUUAUUUAAACUAGAA